AUGGCAGACUACAGCCUCUACCUGGUGACCGACUCCACACCCGCGAUCCUUGGCGACAAGGAACUCAGUGACGUCGUCGACCGCGCCAUCCGCGGAGGCGUCACCAUCGUGCAGUACCGGGACAAGACGAGCGACACGGGGGCGCUGAUAGCAACAGCGAAGAAGCUGCACGAUGUGACCAGGCGCCACAACGUGCCGCUGCUCAUCAACGACAGGGUCGACGUUGCGCUGGCCGUGGGGUGCGAGGGCGUGCACCUGGGCCAGGAUGACAUGGACAUUGGCACCGCCAGGACACUCUUGGGAAGCGGCAAGAUCAUCGGCAUCACUGCCAACACCGUCGACGAGGCCCUCACCGCGUGUGAGCAGGGCGCCGACUACCUAGGCAUAGGGACCACAAACACGAAGAAUGUCAUCGGCCCAGAUGGGCUCCGGCACGCCCUAGCCGUCUUAGCCGAGAAGGGCCAUGCCCGCGUGCCGGCCGUGUGCAUCGGGGGCAUCAACGCCUCCAACAUUCCGCAGGUGUUAUUUCGGGGCAGCCCGCGUGAGAACCCCCUCGAUGGCGUCGCGGUCGUCAGCGCGAUUGUCGCUGCCGCGGACCCGGAGGCCGAGUCGCGGCGGCUGCUGGGCCUGGUCCGCGAGGCCCUUGCGCGCGGCAGGCAGCCGAGGACGGGGCUGUCGACGGCGGCGAGCAAGGAGGAGCUGCUGAAGCUCAUCCCCGGGGUCAUCAAGACGGUGCAUGAGCAGAAGCCGCUGUCGCACAACAUGACGAACCUGGUGGUUCAGAACUUUGCCGCGAACGUAGCACUGUCGAUCGGAGCGUCGCCCAUCAUGGCUAACUACGGUGAGGAAGCGGCAGACCUCGCCAAGCUGGGCGGUGCCCUGGUCAUCAACAUGGGCACGGUUACCCCUGAGGGACUGGACAACUACAAGAAGGCGCUCAGGGCGUACAAUGCGGCAGGACGACCAGUCAUCUUUGACCCAGUAGGAGCCGGAGCCACAGCCGUACGCAGGGCAGCGGUCAAGGAGAUCCUCUCAGCAGGCUACAUUGACGUGAUCAAGGGCAACGAGAGCGAGAUCAAGACCGUGUACGGCAGCGGCGAGACCGAGAGCCAGCGCGGCGUCGACAGCAGUAGCACGCUGUCCGACGCGGAGAAGGCCCAGCUCGUGCGCGCCCUAGCCGCCCGCGAACAGGCCAUCGUGGUGAUGACGGGCAAGACAGAUAUCGUGUCAGACGGAUCGCGCGUCUUUGCCAUCCAGAACGGCCACGAGUACCUAGGCAUGAUCACCGGGACGGGCUGCACGUUGGGCACGACGGUCUCGGCCAUGGUGGCUGCUUGCUCCAGCGGGGACAGGCUGGCUGCUGCCGUCGCGGGCAUCCUGUUGUUUGAGAUUGCGGCGGAGCGGGCGGCGAGCAAGGGUAGCGUUGAGGGCCCUGGGACUUUUGUGCCUGCGUUCUUGGACUCGCUGUAUCGUAUUAGGACGGCCACUGCUGCAGGAGACGUUGGAUGGCUGUCUGCUGAGAGGGUUUCUAAGGUGUAG